AUGGGAAAGAAGACGACUCGCCCAUCCACCAAGGUCACUUCGGCCGCUGCCUCGCCGGCAUCUGGGCUGACUUAUGCCGGCACCAAGUCGUCCAUUUUGCGCUCUGCAUUCUCCCCGUCGGAGUACCAAUUGGCCCUGUUUGCGUCCGUCAUCCAAGGCCUCGAUGGCCAGCACAUUCGAAUUCACGAUACACAGACAGGACGCCUACAAUGUGAGCACACCCUGGGACCGAAGGAAACAGUGACCUCUUUGGACUGGGGAUACUACGGUGGCUCGGGUAAGGGUCGUGACCCGUCGAAAAAGAAGCGCAAGCGUGGUUCCGAUGUCAACGGCGCUGUUGAUGGCUUGGACCAGGGUGAUAUAGUGGUCGCGUUCGGCACAAACACAUCGGAUAUCCGCAUGUACUCGCCAUCCGAAGAUAAGGUGGUCGGCACCUUGACCGGCGCACACGAGAAGGGUAUCAAGGACUUCAAGUUCACGGUCGAUCGGCCCGCCCAGGAGGCCUGGAGCAUUGGCGGUGACAACAAGCUCGUCCAGUGGGACUUGCGCACUGGACAAAGCAUUAAGACAAUCCACCUUCCCGCAUCCUCAGUGUUCACUGCUCUCUCCCGCCCCGUUCCCUCGAACCCUCCUCUGAUCUGCGCAUCCCAGACCCCGUACUUAAUAGAUACCGAGAAGGCUGAUGAGCCUAUUCAAUUCCCUGCCAUGCGCAACCCGAUUCACACCGUCAUUUCGUCCUCUUCCGAGUCCGCUGGCGUCGGUGCAUUCCUUGCCUCCGAUGGUGACCGCUUUGUCAACGUUUUCGAUGCCACCACCCAGAAGCUUGUUCGCAACCUUGUCGCCGAUCAGGAAGUUUCCGCAAUUGCACUGCAGACCGAUGGUGCCAUUCCCGAGAAGCAAGUUCUUGCUGCGAUCACUGCAGAUGGCAGUAUCGAACUCUUCACAAAGCCGUUCGUUCAGCCGCAGAGUGCGCCCUCUGCUAGUGCGAAGGCCAGUCGGAAACAGAUGACCCAAAAAGCAAACGCAACCCUCAGAAUCACCAGCACCAAGUCCGCAAACACCUGCGUUCCUGUUGCCGACAUCUCAUUCCAGGGCCCCAACCUCGUGGUUGCAUACACCGAGGGUGGCGUGAUUCCCGUCUUCGAAAAAGUCAAGUUCCUCGAUGAGGACACCGACGAGCUCUCCUUCGCUGGAAUCAAGACCGUGACAAAGACCAAGUCGGGCUCAGCACUCUCUUCCGUCACGACAAAUGGAGUCCGAAACGCAGGCGAGACCCGCGUUGACGAGUCCGGUAUGAACGUCGAGCAGGGUAACUUGGUCGAUGAUGAUGUGGAGAUGGAGGAUACACGACCAGAUGCGGAAUCCGAUUCUGGCAGCGAGGAGGACUCCGAUGACGAAGACAAGAAGUCCAAGGUUUCUACCGAGAAGAAGACCAAGCCCAUCAAGCAGGUCGCAGUGAAUGAUGAUAUUGAGAUGCAGAACGCUUCCGACUCCGAGGCGGAAGAUAACGAGGAGGAAGAGGGCGCAGAGCCAUCAUUCGGAGAACUCAUGCGCGCAAACGCGGGCCAGGAAGUCGAUGUUGAGGCCGAGCUUGAUGACGACGUUCUUCUGGGCUCAUUGGUCCCCGGCAAGCCCCAGGCUGCAGUGCAACAGAUUCCCACCGGCGUCUCGCUUGCAACUGUUCUAUCCCAGUCGCUCAAGACUAACGACAACGGUAUGCUCGAGUCCUGUUUCCACACUGGUGACACCUCCAUCAUCCGCACUACGAUUCAGCGUCUCGACUCCUCACUGGCCGCAACUCUGCUCCAAAAACUCGCUGAGCGCCUAGCCUCUCGGCCUGGCCGCUACGGCCACCUGCUCGUCUGGGUGCAGUGGACCUGUGUCGCCCACGGCGGCGCCUUGGCUGGACACCCCGAUCUUCUCAAGCGCAUGGCUUCUCUCUACAAGGUCAUGGAUCAGCGGUCUUCCAGCCUGCCAUCUCUCCUGCUUCUCAAGGGCAAGCUCGAUAUGCUCGAUGCGCAAUUGGGACUGCGCCAGUCGCUCCGCGGCGGUGACGAGGGUAUGGAUAGCGAGGACGAGGACAAUGUGAUCUACGUCGAAGGCCAGGAUGAUCUCGAAGACAGUGAGACCGAGGCCAAGACGCCGCGGAAGUCAAUACGCGACCAGGCGUAUGACGAGGACGAGUCAAUGAUGAAUGGCGUCGACGAGUCCGAAGACGACGAGGAUGAUGGAAGCGACGAUGAGGAUGACGACGAAGAGCCUAUCUUGGAUAUCGAGGCUGCUGAGUCCGUCGGUUCUUCUGACGCCGAAGAAUCGCUCGAAGAGAACGAGGAUGAGGAUGAAGAUGAGGAUAGCGAUGGCUCGAUGGUUGACUUCAUCGCUGAUACGGAAGACGACGAGUCCGACGAUGGCGCCCAGGCGCCCCCGCCAAAGAAGAGCAAGGCUUCCAGCAAGAAGAGCAAGGGCGGCAAGAAAUAA